UUUUGGAAAAUAAAAAUAAUCAAAACGUCAUGGUUCAUGUCGGCCAAGUGUGACCGUGAGCAAGGAAGCAGCCCAUAUGGCUGCUGAAUUGGGGAGGAGGGGCUAGCUGGCUAAACUGCUAGCUAACGUCACGCGCGAACAUCUUGAAGAAGAAGAAGAAGAAGCAGCAGCAGCAGAAGAAGAAGCUGCCGCGCGCCUCUGCUCACGUUCUCCUUCCUGGGACCCACACGCUGCACUUCUGGCAGCGGCUUUACUCUCUGCUCGUCGGACGUAGCAGUCGGCAGCCCGUCAGCAUGGUCGCGAAGGAGGCGGACACGGCGUCCCAAGGCGACGGCAUGCGCCUGAAGCAGGAGAUCUCCCUGUUGCACGGCGUCUGCCUCAUCGUGGGCAACAUGAUCGGCUCCGGGAUCUUUGUGUCACCCAAGGGCGUGCUAUUUCACACCGGCUCCUUCGGCUUGUCGCUGGUCAUCUGGGCAGUGGGAGGGGUCUUCUCCGUGUUCGGCGCCUUGUGUUACGCCGAGCUGGGCACCACCAUCCGUAAAUCCGGAGCGUCCUACGCGUACAUCCUGGAGGCGUUCGGCAGCUUCUUGGCGUUCAUUCGGCUGUGGACGUCGCUGUUGAUCGUGGAUCCGGCCUGCGAGGCGGUGAUCGCCUUGACCUUCUCCACCUACCUGGUCCAGCCCUUCUUCACCACCUGCCCGGCCCCCUAUUACGCCGUCCGCCUCAUCGCCGCCGCCAUCAUAUGCCUGCUGACGUGCGUGAACUGUUUGAAGGUGAAGUGGGGAGCCAUUCUCCAGGUCAUCUCCACCGUGGCCAAAGUGCUGGCGCUCAUCAUCAUCAUCAUCACCGGCCUCGUCAAGAUGGGGCAAGGUUUCAAUCAGAACUUCGAGGACUCGUUCCGAGGCUCCAAGUUCAACCCCGGCGACAUGGCUCUGGCACUCUACUCCGCUCUCUACUCCUACUCCGGCUGGGACACGCUCAACUUUAUCACGGAAGAGAUUAAGAACCCAGAGAGGAAUCUCCCCCUGAGCAUCGCCAUUUCCAUGCCCAUCGUCACCAUCAUCUACAUCCUGACCAACGUGGCCUAUUACGUAGUUUUGGACGCCGACCAGGUGCUCACUAGCGAAGCUGUCGCAGUGACGUUUGCAGACGACGUUCUGGGCUGGGCGCGCUGGCUGAUUCCGCUGUCUGUGGCCAUUUCCUGCUACGGCGGCCUCAACUCCUCCAUCAUCGCCGUCUCCAGGUUGUUUUUCGUGGGUUCCCGAGAAGGCCACCUCCCCAACGUCUUGUCAAUGAUCCACGUCAAGCGCUACACUCCUAUUCCUGCGCUGCUUUUUAACGGCGCCAUGUCUCUGGUGUAUCUGUCCGUGCCCGACGUGUUCCGCCUGAUCAACUACUUCAGCUUCAACUACUGGCUCUUCAUUGGCCUGUCCAUUGUCAGCCUCAUCUACCUUCGCUUCAAGGCCCCCAACUUGCACCGACCCAUCAAGCUCUCCUUGUUCUUCCCCAUCGUGUACAGCCUGUGCAGCCUCUUCCUGGUGGUGGUGCCCCUCUACAGCGACACCAACAACUCGCUAGUGGGCAUCGGCGUGGCGCUGUCCGGCGUGCCCGUUUACUUCCUGUGCCACCACCUGCCGCGCAGCUCCAGGCCCGCUUUCCUCAACAGAAUCAUCUACACGCUGUCGACUUACACCCAGAAAUUGUGCUAUUGCUGCGUGGCGUCAGCCGACAUCGACCUGGACAACAUCGACCUCGACAAGAUUGAUUGAAAGACUGAAGGGACGACAAGCCACUGCUCAAGACGAUCCCUUUUUUUGUUUAUUUUUUGAGGAGGGGGGGAAAAAAAAGAAAGCGGUACGAGCACACUCUACACUUGACCGCACGUUGGCUCUCACGCCUACACACCGCUACCCAGCCACCAUUUUAGGACAAAUAGCUGAAAAACAUCAAGUUGCACAUUUUACAUGUUCUCGUUCAAGAAUAUUUUGUGGAUGUUUUUUCACAGGAGGGCUAGCUGGGAUUGGCUGUAGUCUGUACCACUGGGAUCAAGUUUGGUUUCUGGUGCCACCCAGUGGGAGCUGAAAGCCUUACAUUAGGUUUCUUUUUUUUGAUUGUAUUGACUUGAUCACAUGCUUGAAUUGAGUUUUAAUUGAAGGCUUAUAUGUACCGUUAGAAUGGUUUGUGAUGGAAUUAACGCUGCUGGGUACUUUCUUCACGAGGGUCCAAAUAGGUGCAAAACUACGGAGGAGUCACGCUGAGAAGAACAAUGUCAAGAAUCAAAUUACGAGUGGAAAACAAUUUGUCGGCAAGUUCCAGCAAUAAGGCAGCAAUUUGUCAAGUCAAAUAAUGUAAUGUCUUGCCAUUGUCACACCAGUUUUGUUCUAGCAGAAAUACGACUGUCUCUUUCAUUUUCCAAAUUUUCCAUCUUUAUAUUUCUCAAAGAAUCUGAUAUCAUAAUUAGCCUUUUCUGGCAAAAAUACAAAUGGAUUCUAAAACCCCGCCCCUUUUUUUCUUUUAUGACUUUUUUUCUUCUGGUACGAUUACUUAUAUCAAAAAGUCAAACUUUUUUUUCAGCUGAAUAUUGCGACUUUUUUUCUCGCAACAAUGCAACUUUGCUCUUUAAAAAUGACUUCAUUCUUGUACGAUUGUUUUCUUGCAAAAGUCUAUUCUCGAAAAAAGAAAAUCCCUCAUAAUACUACGACUUUCUCUCGUAACAUUGCAACUUUGAUCUUAAAAAAAACAUCUUUUGUACGAUGACUGCAAAAAUACAGCUUUAUUCUCGUAAUAUGAAAAUUUCUUGCAACAAAUCUCUCUGAAAAAUUACUAAUUAAUUCUCAUACAAAUAUUCUUUAUACGACUUUAUUUUUGUAAUAUUACAACUUUUUGCCUCAUAUUUUUUGAGAAAAAAAGUUUUUUUGUCACAACCAAAAUGGACUCAACAAUGCGACUUGUCUUGUGCGAUUUACAUUUUUCUCCCCCCCAAAAAAGUAUCUUUAAAAAAAAAAAAACUUCUCGUUCUGAAUCUUUAGCUUACAAUCAGCGACUUUUAACCAGUUUUGUUCAUUCAAAAAAAAUCCCUUGUUUCCCUCAUAAUGUGACAACUGACAUUUUUCUUGUAGUCUUAGUUUUUUUUCUCACUGUUUUCAGCAUGACCGUCGUCCUCAUCCGUACCAAACCUCAGGAUCAGACUUGCUGGCGUUUCUAUUUGCUGUCAUUUCAUGGUGCCUUGGGAGUCUUCCUCCUGCUUGGAAGUUUUUUUUUUGGGGGGUUAUUCGUUCACAUUGCACAUGCCCAGUGUGCCAUCAGGGGAACUUUAACACAACACAUUGGAUUUUAGCGUAGUUUCGGCGCCCUCAUUAAUUAUUUGGUGUGCCUUCUGCGCAAGUUUUCUGCCAACGUUUGUGCUCAUCGUAAUGUUUGUCAUAGCACAUUUUCGUAUCGUAAAUGUUAUAAUUAGGCCCGGCAAAAUUCCAGGAAAUGUCGCUUAUUUCGAAGUUCGCAACUUUCCAUGGGAAUUCACGGAAAUUUAUGGGAGUAAAUUAGGUAUUUACCAAAUUGAAGGUUGGCUCUUAAUAGGGAACCUGGAUAUAGUUGGGGAAAUAUGUUUGAGCAUAAUGACAAAACAAAUUCCCAGUUAAUUCCCCUGGAAAUUUUCCGAAUUGCAGUACAAUAAUCCCAUGAAAAUGUACCGGUAAUUUACUGGAAAUUUUCCACCGCUUUCCAAGCCUCGUUAGCAUUUGCUGUCCAGGUAUUUGUCGUUAAACGUCGUUCAAGUGCCACUUGGCAGUGGAAACACACAAAAUAUAAUGUAGCUGUUAGCGUUAAUAUCUAUCUUCUUUACGUAACAUUUAUAUAGAAAUCUAUACAGUAUAUAAAUUGAAAUUCCAAUCAAAGUAAGUUUUGCUGUUACGGUGUAAUGUUCUAUUUUUGUGUCAAAGCCAAACGAGUUUGUAUAGUCGGGGUUGUGUGUGUGUGUGCCAAACGUUGUCAUUUAUUUAUUAAGAACAAACCGUUUGCCUGUUUGUUUUGUUUUUAAUAUAUAAAUAUGAAUAAAGUGGACUUUUUUUCA